GCACACACCACACUGUAUACGUUUAAAGUAAACUAUUUUAUUUGUUCCUUCUCACUUACAAAUUUAUUAUUUAUUUAUGGUGAAUGUGUGUUUAAACAUUUUUUGUAAUCUAAGUGAUAAGAAAUUUGAACAAUAAUUGGUCAGCUGAAAUCGUAAAUUACUUGGAAAAAUGUACAGCUGUUGUACUUUUUUUAUCAGAAGAAAAGAUCUGUAUGAACCACCUCAGCACACCAGAUUCAGAACGAAAUGAUUAGCCACAAAUAACCAUUGGUUUUAUUGUAUUUAGUUAUUUGUGUUGAAAAUGCCGCAAGAUCUGCGACCUCGUGAAAGAUACUCGCCAUGGGUCGGCUUAAUUUAUGUCUUCAAUUUAAUUGUUGGAACUGGCGCUUUGACACUGCCUUCUGUGUUUUCGGGGGCGGGCUGGUUGUUUAGUACAAUGUUUUUAAUUUUAUUUGCCUUUUUUGGAUUUGUUACUGUUACUUUUAUUAUCGAAUCGAUUGCGUGUGCAAAUGCAGCGAUAUAUUGGAACCAAAUACAAUCUCAUCGUGUGGAUGGUGAGAGUGAAGCAUUCGACGGGAGUUCAACAGAUGAGAAUAUCAACGAGAAUACUGCCAUGAUAAACCAAACGCCCAGUCGUUACUAUACAUUAAGAGAAAAGGUAGAAUUAGGAGAGAUGACCGGAUUAUUUUUUAACAAAGUGGGACGCGCACUGUUUUAUAUUUGUCUUUGCGUAUAUUUAUACGGAGAUUUAGCGAUUUACAUUACAGCAAUAUCGAAAACGUUAUGUGAUAUAGUAUGUAAUACUACCGAGACUGUGGGUCCAGAUGACUACGACGUACCGUGCUGGUAUCAGACGGGCUUAGAUAAAAUGACAGUGUACCGAAUUUUUGUAGCGCUAUUUGUAGCUGUCGUAGGACCCUUUAGUUAUCUAAAUGUUCAAAAAACCAAAUACUUACAAAUACUGACCUCGUCGAUGAGGUGGAUUGCAUUCACAAUUAUGAUUACGAUCGCCAUCACCGAAAUGAUUCAAUUUAAACCGAAAGGGUCCCCGCCUGUGGUUAAUUUUUCGGGAACGCCCGCACUGAUUGGUGCUAGCAUUUACAGUUUUAUGAGCCACCAUUCCUUGCCGGGUAUAAUAAAUCCGUUCGCGCGGAAGCGGUUUAUAUUGCGCCAAUUAGCUUUGGAUUAUUUUUUAAUUUGUACCUUCUACAUCUUACUGUCAUUGACCGGUGUUUUCGCUUUUUCCUAUAUAUUCGACUUGUACACUUUAAAUUUUGCACCGAGUAAUUUAAACAUAGGGGGCCCUUUUAUGAAGAUUGUCGAGUAUUAUUUAGGUCUGUUUCCAGUUUUUACAUUAUCGACUAGCUUUCCCAUAAUAGCUAUAACGUUACAGAAUAAUUUAAAGGCGCUAUUUUUGGACGUGCACUCGUUGGAGCGUUAUCAUUUUGUUGUAAGGCGACUUACAUUUCCCACAUUGGCCAUUGUGCCUCCGAUUAUUGUGGGUUUACUUACACACAAUGUUGCAACGUUGGUGUCGUUCACAGGAUCUUUUGGUGGAGUAUGCAUACAAUAUAUCAUUCCAGUGGCGCUAGUGUGGACCGCUAGAAAAUACUGUACGUCAAAUAUACAAACAACAGCCCCCAACUACUUUCAAAGCCCAUUUAAGCACAUGGUCUGGAUCUUCGUUAUACUUUUAUGGGCAAUAUUUUGUGUUGUUCUCGUCACUAUAAAUUUACUAAAAUAACGUUUACACCAAAAUAUUUUUGAUACAUGUAUAAUUAAUGACAGCAGACUGAAUUUGUAAAACUAAUAAACAAAUUAACAAAAUCAAA